AUGGCAGUGGCCCUAGUGGCAUUAAGGACUAGGACAGCUGCCCUGCUUAAUCCCCCUCAGGCUGCCGCUCUUACUGUCAGAUACGCAUCCACAAAGACAGGUAGCAGUUUCAAAAACCUUGGUGGAAAGUCACCAGGCAAAUGCUUUGGCAUAAAGAAAUUAGAAGGUCACUACCUUCACGGGGGCAACAUCCUUGCUAUUCAGUGCCACUUUCACUGGCACCCAGGUGCCCACGUGGAAAUGGAGAAGAACAAGUGCCUGUGUGCCCUAGAGGAGGGCAUAGUCCACUACACCAAGAAGCUUUACGUGCCCAACCCCAGCAAUUUGGAGGCUGUAGGUCUGGUUACCAAGCUACCCAGGGGCGCUGUGCUCUACAAGACAUUUGUCCAUGUGGUUCCUGAUAAACCUGAGGGCACCUUCAAACUGGGAUCUAUGCUCUAAGCUUCCAGCUGAAGCCAUUGGAUA